AUGCAGAGCCCCAGCAAAAUGUCAGUGGUUUCUACUUCAAUUAGCCCUGUUGUGUCUGGAUUACAAGGUUGGGCCGAUCUUCCGGAUGGCCCCCUUUACUCCAUUGUUGCUCUGUUGGGAUCCUCCAUUGACAUUCUUGCUUUUGCUGCAACCUGCCACUCUUGGCGUGCAGCAUUCUCCUCCUACCGAUCUGCAUCUAACUUAUGCACAUUAAUCCCACCUCUUCUUAUCCGACCCGCUGGUCCUAACCAAGGUUCUUCUCUUCCUUCCAUUUUUUCUGAAAAAUGUUCUUCUGUUCCUGAGAAUUCUCGAUACAUGCUACGCAUACGUAAAGUCAUUGAUGUAGCUAGCAACAAUAGCGCCAUUCGCUGCCAGAUUCCUCAAGAAACUUUUGAGAACAUGCACUUUGCUGGCUCUUCACAUGGCCAUCUCAUCUGCUGCUACCGUGGAGAUUGUCUUGUUGUCGAUGUGUUCACCGGGGCCAUGGUUUCGCCUCCACGUCUCCCUUUCAGCAACAGCUACUAUGGUGGCACUCUCACUGCUCCACUUACAUCUCCCAACUCACAUCUCCUUGUAAGCACUCAAUCCUCCCUGUUUGAUUGGCCCGUUGGAAGUGACUCUUGGCAGGAACUCCAACUUCCUCAUGGAUGGAUAUUUCAGAUCGUGCAGUUCAACGGUCAGUUCAUCGCCAUGGACCACGAUAUGGGGAUCUAUACUUUGCGGUUGGCCCCUCGGUUAGGCCUGCGGGAGAUAUCAAUCGAGUGGUGCAGCGAGAUAGAGCCAGAAUCUUUUGUGCAGGCAUGGCUUGUGGUCUGUGGAGACAAUCUCCUCAUAGUCGACCACUUUGUGCACCUAUCGUCCGAAGAUCCUGUGUGCCACCGCCUCGACAUGUCGACCGAGCCCGCGAAGUGGGUGAAGGUGAAGACGUUGGACAACUGGGCGAUCUUCGUCGGGGGAGAUGAGCGGAGCCCUCCGUUUGCUUGCGUGCGCCCGGAGCGGUGGGGAGGGACGAGCAACAACUUGUACUACGCCCAUCACUCCCAGCCUUGGAGCGUGCACUAG